AGUCAAGCUAGCUUAGCGUUAGCCAAGAGGCAGGGGGACAGCUGUGUCUGAGGCAUCUUCAAAAUGUCGGGUUACCAAGGAAAGAAGAACAUUCCACGAAUUACAAGUGACCGUCUCCUCAUCAAAGGAGCAAAGAUAGUCAACGAUGAUCAGUCGUUCCUGGCUGAUAUCUACAUGGAGGAUGGAGUCAUCAAGCAAAUAGGAGACAACCUCAUUGUUCCCGGGGGAGUUAAGAUCAUAGAGGCUCAUGGGAGAAUGGUGAUGCCUGGGGGUAUUGACGUGCACACCCGGUUCCAGAUGCCUGACCGAGGCAUGGUGGCAGCAGAUGACUUCUAUCAGGGCACCAGAGCGGCCCUGGCUGGGGGGACGACUAUGAUCAUCGACCACGUGGUGCCGGAGCCUGGCGUCAGCCUGGUUGCGGCUUUCAAACAGUGGAGGGAGUGGGCCGAUAGCAAGUCCUGCUGUGACUAUUCCCUGCAUGUGGACAUCACCGAGUGGAACAAAGGCACUCAAGAAGAGAUGGAGGCCCUAGCGAAGGAUCAUGGUGUCAACUCUUUCCUGGUCUAUUUGGCUUAUAAGGAUGUUUUCCAACUUUCUGACUCUCAGAUCUAUGAGGUGUUCAGUGUCAUCAGAGACCUUGGAGCCAUUGCACAGGUGCAUGCUGAGAAUGGCGACAUCAUUGCAGAGGAGCAGAGACGUAUUCUAGAGCUGGGGAUCACUGGCCCUGAAGGUCAUGUGCUCAGCCGCCCAGAGGAGGUGGAGGCCGAGGCAGUCAAUCGCUCUGUCACCAUAGCCAAUCAGACCAACUGCCCCCUCUACAUCACCAAGGUGAUGAGCAAGAGUGCUGCUGACGUCAUUGCUCUUGCCAGGAAAAAGGGCGCUGUGGUUUAUGGAGAGCCCAUAUCUGCCAGCUUGGGCACAGACGGUACCCAUUACUGGAGCAAGAACUGGGCCAAGGCUGCAGCCUAUGUCACUUCUCCACCGCUCAGUCCUGAUCCCACCACCCCUGACUACCUCAGCUCUCUGUUGUCAUGUGGGGACUUGCAGGUGACUGGCAGUGCUCACUGCACCUUCCAGACUUCUCAGCGUGCAAUAGGCAAAGAUGACUUCACCCUAAUCCCAGAGGGCACCAAUGGCACUGAGGAGAGGAUGUCUCUAAUCUGGGACAAAUGUGUGGUGACUGGCAAGAUGGAUGAGAACCAGUUUGUGGCAGUGACCAGCACAAACGCAGCCAAGAUCUUCAACCUGUUCCCCCGCAAGGGCCGCAUCGCUGUGGGGUCUGAUGCCGACCUCGUGUUGUGGGACCCAGAUGUCACCAAGAUCAUCUCAGCCAAGAGCCACAACCUGGCGGUGGAGUACAACAUCUUCGAGGGCACAGAAGUGCGUGGAGGUCCUGUGGUGGUGAUCAGCCAAGGCAAGAUAGUGCUGGAGGAGGGCAGCCUUCACACCAUGGAGGGCUGCGGGCGCUACAUCAGCCGUAAACCCUUCUCUGACCACGUGUACAAGAGGAUAAAGGCUCGCAGCAGGCUCACAGAGUUGCGAGGAGUCCCCAGGGGCCAGUACGAUGGCCCGGUGUGCGAGGUGACUGUGACUCCCAAGGUGAUGUCCUCCGUCUCCUCAGUGAAGACUUCCCCGGCCAAGCAGCAGCAGCAGCAACAGCAGGUUACUCACCAGCCAGUGCGCAACCUUCACCAGUCUGGCUUCAGUCUGUCUGGUGCCCAAAUCGAUGACAAUGUUCCUCGCCGCACCACUCAACGCAUCGUGGCUCCCCCCGGUGGAAAAGCCAACAUCACCAGCCUCGGCUAAGCUCUCCUCUCAACUGAGCCGUGGAUGCAGGGCAACGCGGGACCAGAGGCCACUCUUACCGCUGUCACAUCACAUCAGGUCACCUCUGACCCCCCCCUGCAUCCCACCCAAAAGCACUCCAUCCAUUCUUAUUCACACACUCCCACGAUGUCACCUCAUGCAAAAAAAAAGAAGGCACUAUUCCAUUUUGUUUCAUCUUUCCUGCCAUGUUCCAUCACCGAGGAAGGAACAAGUGAAUCGAAGCAGCUUUUUUUGCUGUUUUUAAGCCCAGUUUGGUUUUGAUGACAUUACUUUGUUUACAUUUUUUUGUAUAUUUUUUGCUGUACAUGUUCGAGCUGUUUAGUUGCCCUCCUGCCUCAGAAAGUAGUCCCAGGAAGCGGUCAGUUUCACGAGCGGGCAUUUUAGGAACGUCACGCGUUUACACUUUUUCUUCAUGCGCUGUUCAUUUCCCAGAUAUAAGUUAGAAUGUGCCGGUGGUCGUGUUCCAGAGCCACCUUCAGCUGAAAGUAAAGCUUCCAUUGUCCGUGUUUUGACACUGUUACACUGUAAGAUUGCUGUUUUAGUACAAAAAUGUUGUUUCAUUGCUGCCACAAGAAACUAAUCAUGAAAGAUUAGACUGUAGAAAACGGUUCCUGCAUCUCAUA